CUCCUCCCCCCACGCCGGCGACGACGACCAACCCUAGACCCGCCGCCUCCUCCGCCGCCGCCGCCGCCGCCGGCCACCGCGAGAGGUAACGACCUCUCCUCCCGCAUCUCCCCCUCCCUCUCCUUCCCACCAUGGGGAGCAAGGGGAGGGCGCCGCCGCCUUACCACCACCGGGGGGCGCACAAGAUGAUGCACCGGGACCCGUACGGGGGGGCACCGGGGAUGCCGGGGCCGUUCCCGUACGACAUGCUGGCGGCGGCGGCGCCGCCGCCGGAGAUCCUGGAGCAGAAGCUGAUGGCGCAGCGGGGGGAGCUGCAGAAGCUGGCGGUGGAGAACGACCGGCUGGCGAUGAGCCACGACUCGCUGCGGAAGGAGCUCGCCGCGGCGCAGCAGGAGGCGCAGAGGCUGCAGGCGCAGGGGCAGGCGGCGAUGGCGGCCGAGGAGCAGGAGGCGAGGGGGAUCCUCGACAAGGUCGCCAAGAUGGAGGCCGACCUCAAGGCCCGCGACCCCGUCAAGGCCGAGCUGCAGCAGGCGCACGCCGAGGCGCAGGGCCUCGUCGUCGCGAGGCAGCAGCUGGCCGCCGACACGCAGAAGCUGAGCAAGGACCUGCAGAGGAACCUCGGCGAGGCGCAGCAGCUCCCCGCGCUCGUGGCCGAGCGCGACGCCGCUAGGCAGGAGUAUCAGCACCUCAGGGCUACGUAUGAGUACGAAAGGAAACUCAGGAUGGAUCACUCCGAGUCGCUGCAGGUGAUGAAGAGGAAUUAUGACACCAUGGUCGCUGAGCUAGACAAGCUUCGUGCUGAGCUGAUGAACACGGCUAAUAUUGACAGAGGAGGUAUGCUAUACAAUACUAAUACUGCUCAAAAGGAUGAUGGCGCGCCUAGUCUUCCUGUUGGACAAAUUGCUUAUGAUAGCGGUUAUGGAGCUGCGCAGGGAAGGACACCACCUGCUGGACUGGGAGACUCUUUAAGCGGAAACCCAGCUGGCACAGCUCCUCGGACUGGAUUUGAUCCAUCAAGAGGCAAUAUGUAUGACGCUUCUCGUAUUGCUAGCUUCAGUUCUUCAAAAGCUGGAGGACAUGAUGCAUCAAGGGGUGCCGCAGGCUACAAUUCUUUGAAAGGUGCUGGAUAUGAUCCUUCUAAAGCACCUGCACUUGGAGGACAGGCAACAGCUGCAGCUGCUCAUGGGAGUAGUGCUGAUUACUAUGGAUCAAAUCAGGCAACACCACCUUCAUAUGCUUGGGGACAAGCUGCAUCCGCUUAUGGAUCUGCACAAGUGCCACAGUCACAUGCAUCUGGACCUCCUGUUCAAUCAACAUCCUACAGUGCAACAACAGCACGUAACUUUGGCUCUGCCCAGGCUUUACCAUCAUAUGCACAUGCACAGGAGCAACCUUCAUAUGGACACGCACAGCUACCAUCCUCAUAUGGAUUAGCGCAAGCAUCAUUUCCAUUUGCCCCAGCGCAAGGGGUGUCACCCUAUGGGUCAGGUGCACAGCCUCCGCAGUAUGGAGCUGGGCAAGCAGCAACUAAUCCUGGCAGUGCUUACCAAGCACCUCAUGGACGUAAAUAAAUCGGCAAAAGUUGUCUACUGAUGGAUUGUUAUUGGCAAAAGAGACAAUGCGCUGCUUUGUACACCAGAGUUCAGUUUCCUUUCCACAGCUACCAAAUCUUGUCGUUUAACUGAUAUGAGGUGAUUCCUGAAUAUAGUCUGGAGAAGUAAUGCUCUGCAAGAUGGGAAUGCUUCUGUAAAGUGUAAACUUGUCGUCGGUGUUUUAACUGCCUUUUUUUAUACCUUCAAGCCUCCAGGUUAGGCAACCCAUGGAAGCAUGAAUUCUGACAAGAGCUGUAACUGUUGAUUCUUAUUUGAUUUGUCAAAGUUAGUCGAUUGUUUGUUAGUUCAAACUCAAAUGCUGCAUGUAUGAUAUGAGAUAUACACUGCUAGUUCUGGGAGGUUAAUAAUAUGCCCGUGCUGGAGAUUCUCAAUGUUUA